AAUAUUAUUACAUACGUGUGUCGUGUAUUCAUUGUUCGAUUCACAUUGAAACGAGUUGUCAAUAUGACAAAGUACUAAUGAAAAAAUCAUAAAUGAAAUUCUUAAGUAAAAAAAAUGAAGAAACCUUUGCUUGUUUUGAUUGCGUUAAUUUCAAUCAUCAAUAUUUCAGGUUUAACCUGCAAUGUCCUAGAAACUUUAUUGUGUAAAAAUUUGAAUGACAUUUGCUAUAAUGACGAAGAUUGUUGUUCAAAAUAUUGUUUAAAAUCAUUUCAAUGGUUUUAUGGUGCUUGUCAGCAACGAUCGUUAGAAUUUGAUUUUGAUUCAAACCCUACAGAUCAAAAAGGAAUCUGUGAAUUCCACAUGCAGACUGAUGAAAGUGAUAUUGAUUAUCUGAAUAAUGAAUUUGACGUGGUAAAUGCAGCCCACAAUAGUUUACCUCCAUAUACACUAAUCAAAGUGUCACACGGCGGAAGGAGGAUAGUCAUCACAGUAAACGAUCGCAUUCCAAGAACAAAUGGAACACUUUUAGACUUAUCCAAUGAAGCUGCCCUGAUGUUACGAAUUAAAAAUGACGAAUCUGUGCCAUGUACAAUCGAAAAAGUGAUACAUCAUAAUCCUUUUCAAAAAAUGAUUUUAUAUGCAAUACCAAUUUUGGGUUGCAUCAUGAUUUUUAUUAGUUUACUUUAAGUUUUCUCAGACCGAAAAUUUGUUUAAAUUAGGAAACAAUUAUUUUCAUAAAUGUAUUCUUAAUUUUUUUUUUGUUUACAGACCAUUGAGUCCCUUUUUACGACGUUCUAUCGAACUUGUCCAUUUAUUUAGGUCCAUUGCAUUAUUCAAUUCUAUUUACUCGAUCCUUCCUCUCCCUAUCCUAUCACAGCUAGAAAAGUCCCCUUGGGCCCUGGUCAUUUUUUCAGAGGGGAGGGGAGUUCUGUGUAGAAGUCAUCUAUUCACCCGCCAAACGUGACCAUCCCAUUAAAGCCAUUUGACUUUAGAAAUUUCCCAUUUUAAUUUCAUACAGGUUCAUUAUUUCGUUAAUAUUCCCCAAAUUUAUUCUACACAUCAAAAAUGUAAUAUCAUAAAUCAUUAUAUUGUUAUACAAUCCACUAUAGCAAAUAUAUAAAUAAGCAUUGAUUAAACAACAUGUUUACAACUGAUACUAAUUGAUGUGAACUUUAGAUUUUAAGCACAAAUAUUGGAACAGUUAAUAAUAUUGUGUUAAAUCCAAAAA